AUGUCUAACCCAAAUAGUACAUCUACCCUGAUUUCUAAGUCGGCGGCCUCCAAAAGGGACUUAUCAUCACCCAUGGACGAUGCAGACACCAAAAAGUAUAAACUGUCUGAAUCAAACACAACAGUACAUAUUGAAGAUACCAGUGGCAUCGCCCCUUGUGCACUUUCCAAAGAAGAUCUGUUUUAUGUCUCAAAGCAAAUAUCAGCAACAUUUCAUGAUGACAUGUCCACUCUGGUUGAGACACUGAUAUCAAAGUUAGUGCCUCCUCUUGUCAAGAGUAUUCAUGCUGACUUAACAUCACGCAUCAAUGCUCUGGAAUACGAAAAUGCAGAACUUAAAAGCAAAGUCUUUAAGCUUGAAAAUGAAGCCGAUAGAGCUGAACAAUAUAGUCGGCGAAAUUGCUUGCGUGUUGCUGUUGUCGCAGAAACGACUAGCGAAAAUACUGACGACAUCGUUUUGGGCAUAUCUAAUGCUGUCUCGAGCGGCUUAUUGAUCGAAGAAAUUGACCGCAGCCAUCGUGUUGGGCCGGUGCGCAACGAUAAAAAGCCGCGCGACAUCAUCGUGAAGUUCGUCUCGUAUCGCUCUAGGCAAAAACUGUACCAGCGUAGAUCAGCUCUCAAAAAGUCUAGCGAGCUCUCGUAUGUCUACGUCAACGAAGACCUCACCAGAAAACGAAGCUCUCUUCUUUAUGAAGCUAGAAGACACGCCAAAACUGGUUCCCUGUCAGGCGCUUGGUCGUCCGACGGGAAUGUGCUUAUUAAGGACAAGGCAGGCAAAAUACAUGCUAUUAACUGUCCUGAUGAACUGUACGCUGCUCUACCUGCAAUGCUCCUGAACGCAAAGAUCGGGCAACCAACAAUUAUGGAGGUGUUAUUUUAUAUGUCAAGGAAAAUAUAUUUUAUAAGAGGAGAUUUGAUCUAG